AUCUGUCACUGUCAGAAUAUUUUGUCCGUUGUCGUUUUUCGUUUAAAUUGUUUUAAACAAUAUACAGCAGUGUAAAAGUUUAUCACAUAUUAAGAUUCUAUAGAAGGUUAAGUAAUGCAGAAAACGAAAAAGAAGAGGGGCGAAGAAGAGCCUAUGGAGGUGGACGAAAAUGCUGUCGAAAACCAAAAUGGUGAACCAAGUUGUAGUAACGGUCAUGUGAAUGGAGAUAUAGAUCACAUUUCUGAUGAUGAAGAAGGCGGAGUGCGCAUUGGAGACAUAUAUAUACCACCAGCGCCUAAACCGGCACUUACAUUUGAUGCUAAUGGUCCAAGAUUAAUAAUAACUCGUAUUGUAAAUGAAAAUUUUAAAAGUUACGCGGGAGUGCAAGUUUUGGGACCAUUCCACAAGAGUUUCACAGCAAUCAUUGGGCCAAAUGGAAGCGGAAAGAGCAAUGUGAUAGACUCUAUGCUAUUUGUCUUUGGUUAUAGAGCAACAAAGAUUCGCUCGAAGAAGAUCUCAGUUCUGAUACAUUCAUCUAAUAAAUUCUCUAAUAUAAGCAGUGCAAGUGUUGCGGUACAUUUCUGUCAGAUUAUUGAUGGGGAAGGUGAAGAUUUCACAGUGGUGCCAAACAGUGAAAUAGUCGUGUCUCGAACAGCGUUUAAAGAUAAUUCCUCGCAUUAUACUCUGAAUGGCCGCAGGGUGCAGUUUAAAGAAGUGGCAAAAAUGUUGCGCUCGCACGGAAUUGAUUUGGACCAUAAUCGAUUUUUAAUAUUACAGGGCGAAGUUGAGCAGAUCGCAAUGAUGAAACCCAAAGGCCAAUCGGAACAUGAGUCCGGUAUGUUAGAGUAUUUAGAAGACAUCAUUGGCACUUCACGGUAUAAGGAACCUAUAGAACAGUUAUCGAUGAAAGUGGAAGAAUACAGUGAGAUGAGGAAAGAGAAGUUGAACAGAGUAAGAUUGGUUGAAGCUGAGAAGUUGAAGUUGGAGCAGCCGAUGAAAGAAGCUGUUGAACAGAUGAUGUUGACGAAUACGGUACAUCGGACGAGGAAUAUGUUGUUGCAGAAGUAUAUACACGAAACGAAUAAAAUAAUCGACGCCAAGAAGAAGGAUUUGGAUGAACUGAAGGAAAAAUUAGCAGCGAUAGAUGCUAAAUUAACUCAGGUGAAAAGUUUACUGGAAGAAAAAGGGAAUGUUUAUCAAACUGGAAUGCAAAAAUACAAUAAAAUGCAAACCAAAAAGGACGAGCUGACAGAGAAACUGCAGAGUUGUAAGAAGAAGACGGUGUCCGUGCAAGCAGACCUGUCACAGGCCAACAAGAAAAGGAAGAAUCUAGAACAACUGCUAGAGACGGAGAAAGGAAAACUUAUCGAAUUAGAAUUGAUUCCAGAAAAAAAUAAAAAAGAAAUAGAAGACUGUGAAGGUUUGCUUGAGAGACAUACGGAGAAUAAACGAUUAGCUGAUGAAGAAUUAGGACAAGAGAUGGCUGGAGUUAGAGAAAAAACUCGAGAAUUCCAAGAGAUUAAAGAUAGAUUACAAGCAAAACUUAUCAAUCUAAAGAAAAUUGUCGAUGAAUCUACAAAUAAGUACAAACUAGCUGAAUCCGCGUUACAAAUAUAUUUGAGUACAGAAGAAAAGGAAAAUGAGAAAUUGCAACGAAUGAAAGAUGCUUACGAGAAAGCAGUUCAAGACGUACAAGAAAAGGAAACAUCACUAAAUGAAUUAACAACAUCGGUGCCUGAAAAUGAGAGACAAUUACGUGAUGCAAAGAGAAGAUAUGAAGAAUUAAAAAAAGAGGAUACUAAACUUACACAAGAAGCAAGAUCUUUAAGAGCACAAUUAGAAGAAUCUCGUCAAGCGAUGAAUGCAAACAGAUCUAAAGGUAGAGUUUUAGACUCUUUGAUGAAUGAAAAAAGAAGUGGCAGGUUGCCCGGGAUAUUUGGUAGACUGGGUGACCUAGGUGGUAUAGAUGCUAAAUACGACGUCGCUAUAUCGACGUGUUGCGGUGCUCUGGACAACAUAGUGGUGGACACGGUGGAGACAGCGCAGAGCUGCGUGGAGUUCCUGAAGAAGAAUGACAUCGGCAGAGCUACGUUCAUAGCGCUGGACAAGCAGCAGCACUUGGUACAGGAGUACGAGAGACGGAUGACGUAUCCGGAGAACGCGCCGCGGUUGUUCGACCUGAUCCAAGUGCGGGACGAGCGCGUACUGAGCGCGUUCUACUUCGCGCUGCGAGACACGCUGGCGGCCGCGGACCUGGAGCAGGCGGCGCGUAUCGCGUACGGCCGCACGCGGUACAGGGUCGUCACACUUAAAGGAGAUCUUAUUGAAAUUGCUGGUACGAUGUCCGGCGGCGGGAGGACGACGAUGCGCGGCCGCAUGGGCAGCUCGGUGCAGCAGGACACCAGCGAGCAAGACCCCCGCCAGCUGCAGGAGAAUGAACAAAAAUUAACUGAGAUAGAGGACAGAUUAACCAAUCUGAGAGACGAACAAGUGGUUCUAGAAGACAAUAUACUAUCACUGCAAAGAACGACUGAAGUGGGAAAAACAACUCUAAACAAACUGCGUAUUGAAGUCAACAGUUUGAAGGAACAAAUACCGGUUUUAAAGAGACAAAUAAAAGAGCAGGAACGUAAAGCUGUCGCGAGUAGAGUAGACCAGAGAGAGAAGGAGAGAUUGGAGGCAGUACUCAGUGACACCAAGGAGAAGAUGGAGAAAGCCAAGUUUGAUGCGGGAGAAGUGGAAAAGGAGGUGCACGGUGUAGACGCUCAGAUAGCGUCAGUUGCCGGUAACAAGGUGAAGAACUUGCAGGCCGCGGUCGAGGACUUGGCCAAGAAGAUAAACAAAGUCAGCUCUGAAAUAUCCAAGUUAAAAGUCGCUAUUAAUGCAAGCAUAAGAAACGCAAAGAAAUCCAAGGACAAAAUAAAUCAAAUGCAAGCAGAUUUUGCGGAAACGGAACGAAAUAUAACAAGAUUGAGUGAACAGAAGAAAACAUGUACUUUGGAAAAUAAGGAAUUACAACAGGAAUUAGAUGUGAUAACAGAAGAAAUCAACGAAGGUUCUGGAGAAUUUUCUGGAAUAAAGAAAGAGAUAGCGUCAUUGCAAGACAAGGAGAGCAAGCUGAAGGGAGAGAGACUAGACGCGCACAAUAAUGUCAGCAAGAUGGAGAAGUCCGUAGAAGAUGCCUCCAGUAAAAUACCUUUGUGGCAGAAAGAGCUAUCAUCAAUAAAGCUAGAGGAGGUGUCUGUGGAGACGGCGGGCGUGGAGCGCUGCGAGCCGCUGGCGCUGCACAGCGCCGAGGAGCUGGAGCUCUGCGCCGUGGAGGAGCUGCGCAACCGCCUCAAGGCGCAGAAAACCAGACUGGGGGACGCUAAACCUAAUUUACAGGCUAUACAGGAUUAUAAGAACAAAGAGGAUUUGUAUUUAAAAAGGGCGGCAGAAUUAGACGAGAUAACGACGAAAAGGAACGAAAUGAGAGCUCUUUACGAUCAGUUGAGGAAGAAACGGACUACAGAUUUCCUUUGUGGAUUCACAACAAUAACAACAAAACUAAAAGAAAUGUACCAAAUGAUUACUUUGGGAGGUGACGCGGAGUUAGAACUUGUGGAUUCAUUAGACCCUUUUACUGAAGGAAUUAUAUUUAGCGUACGUCCGCCUAGUAAAUCGUGGAAGAAUAUCUCCAAUUUAUCCGGAGGCGAGAAGACGCUGUCUUCCCUCGCGCUGGUGUUCGCGCUGCACUACUACCGACCGACGCCGCUGUACGUCAUGGACGAGAUAGACGCCGCAUUAGACUUUAAAAAUGUAUCCAUCGUCGCUAAUUAUAUCAAGGAACGAACAAGAAACGCUCAGUUCAUAAUAAUAUCUUUACGGUACAAUAUGUUUGAAGCAUCAAACCGUUUAGUUGGCAUUUAUAAGACUGAGGACUGCACGAAGUCCGUCACUAUAGAGAACAAGGUGCCCGAUCUGCCGGUAGGCGACGCCGCAGCAUGAAGCUAGAAAGAAAAUACACUUAAAUACUUUUUUGUUUUUAAACUAAGCAUUCUAUGUGAUUUGGGUGUAGUUUUGUUAUUAAAUGUUUUGUAAAGUAUAGAAAAUAGUAAAUAAGAAUGAAAAUAAUUAAUA